AUGCGGCGUUGGCACGCAUUAACUUUCGUAUUCGCAUAUUUAUUCCUGGAUGUCAGCUUUAGCAUUUUGCCUCUUGCGCUGUAUAAUUGCUCUAAGAGAGGCUUCGAUAUUUCUCUAAUUUUCAAGUAUCUUCUACUUCUUGACGGGUAUAGCUUUACGGAAACACCUAUCGACUUUGUAGUAAUCACAAACCUACGACUGUUUAUUCUCGCAGUGGCUGUUCUCGUAAAGAUUGUUCUUGAUGAUAGCCAACUGAAGAAACUCAUAUUAGUGCUCUUACCGUUCAGCUUGUUUUCGUGGGCAUUCUCAAUUAUAAAACUGUUAGCGUUCUCUGAGCAUGCAUCAGCGAUUCUGUAUUGUGCUGGUCCAUGGCUAUCGGUUUUAUGGAACAUAACUGCCACUGUUCUACUGUUGGCCGUAUGGCAGCUGGUGCUCAUGUCAAGUGCAUCAUGGCACUACGCCGCUCUCAUGGAGUAUUCUAGCGAUGGGUCUGUGACUGGUGAUGAUACUAGUGCUCAACAAACUCUUUCUGAUUCAUCACGUCAAAGCACAUUCGAUCAUGCCAUUGCAUUGCUUAAGUACUGUAAGGCUCAGUGGAAAUGGUUCACUGCCGGUUUUAUCUUCCUCAUCAUACAGUCUGUUGCACGAAUCUUUCUCCCAUAUCUUACUGGACAGGUGAUCGCAAAUAUCGUACAAACACGAGGUUAUCAGGAUUUGGUGCGAUCGGUUAUUUGGAUGGCUGUCUUAUCUGUGUUUUUCGAUGGUCUGCGGGGCGGAUGUUUCGAUUAUGCCACAGCACUUGUGAAUCGACAGAUGCGUUGUGAUUUAUUUCGAUCCCUCGUCAAGCAAGAAAUUGGCUUCUUCGAUACCACCAAAACAGGUGAAAUCACGUCUCGUCUGACAUCGGAUUGUGCAACGAUGUCAUCAACAGUUUCAACAAAUCUGAAUACAUUUCUGCGUAAUGGUUUGAUGUUGAUCGGUGCCUUGGUGAUAAUGUUCGUCCUUUCAUGGCGUCUAACGAUGGUCACGUUUAUGAUUGUACCAAUUGUUGCGUUUGCAACAAGAACUUAUGGCAUUUAUUAUGAUAAAUUGUCGGAACGGACACAUUCGAUGAUUGCGUGUGCGAAUCAAAUAGCUGAAGAAGUGAUGAGUACAAUGCGGACGGUUCGAUCGUUUGCAUGUGAAAAGAAGCAGGCGACUCGUUUCGAAAACAGUCUUGACGACGUGGUGAAGAUUAGUAAAAAACGCAGUACUGCAUUUAUUGGAUAUACGUGGACAAAUGCUGGUUGUGAUCAUGUUAUCGAAGUGGCCGUACUUCUGUACGGAGGUCAUCUGGUCAUUUCUGGGCGAAUGACAGCUGAUAAUCUUAUUGCGUUCCUCCUGUAUCAAAUGCAACUAGGAGAAAAUCUUUAUUAUCUUGGCACGGUUUUCGCUGGUCUAAUGGAGAGUGUUGGUGCGUCGCGUAAGGUAUUUGAAUAUAUGUCGCGUGAACCAGCAGUUGCGAAUACGGGAGUAUUGAAGUGUUCAGUGAGUGGUUCGGUACGAUUCGAUCGAGUCUCGUUUACGUAUCCUUCGAGACCCAACAAUAGAGUGCUUAAAGAUAUGAGCUUCACAAUUGAUCCCGGUGAAACGGUCGCACUAGUUGGACCAAGUGGCGGUGGUAAGUCAUCAAUAGUUGCAUUGAUCGAGCAUUUUUACAACGCGGAUAGCGGUGAUAUAUUCAUCGAUAACGUUUCGAUUCGUGAUUUUAAUCAUGAAUAUAUUCAUCAAAAGAUAGCGCUGGUUGCACAAGAGCCAAUUCUGUAUGAGGGUAGCGUUCGUUACAAUAUAUUGUAUGGUUGGGAAGAAAACGGUACUGAGGAGGCUAUGAUAAAAGCGGCAAAAAUGGCGAAUGUGCAUGAUUUUGUGAUGGAAACAGAGAAUGGUUAUGAUACAAAUUGUGGUGAAAAAGGCGUUCAACUGUCGGGAGGUCAGAAACAGCGAAUAGCAAUAGCGCGUGCAUUGGUACGUGAUCCAGCCGUACUCAUACUUGACGAGGCGACGUCAGCGUUGGAUUCCGAGAAUGAGCACAUCGUUCAGGAGGCAAUAGCUGCGUGUUCGAAGCAGCGAACAGUCAUUGUGAUUGCGCAUCGAUUGAGUACAGUCGAGAAGGCAGAUCGUAUCAUUGUUAUCGAUAACGGUACCAUUGUGCAGCAAGGACGACAUGUUGAUUUGAUCCAAAAGAAUGGAAUCUACAAAGCGCUCGUUCAGCGUCAGUUAUUGGUCCAAAGAAAUGUGGAAAGUGACGUUCAGCUAAUAGCUUCAACUGAUUGA